AUUCAUUUCAAGUUUUUAUUCGUAAUCUUUACGAAUCGACGGGGAACAGCGAACGCAACUUCAGCGCGCGAGCGCGAAUGACAACAACAUGGGUUAGUAGUUCGACUGAGCUGAGCUGAAUUGAAUUGAAUGACGGCUUAUGUCAAACAGCUGAUUAAUCAUGUCGAUGGACAUUCGAUCCUUCUUCGGCAGCCCAGGAAGGGGUAAGUCUGCAUCCAGUUCAGCUAAGCAGAGCAAUGGCAAGGGUAAGAGAAAGCACAAUGACGAUGACGGAGACUUCGUGCAAAGUGAGAAGAAGCAACGCCACUCGGCCAAAUCAAUGAAGAAAUCCAACAUCAUUUAUGACUCUGACUCAGACGACGAACCACCCCAAUCCAAAAAGUCAAAGACCCCUGUGAAGUCAGCCGAUUCCAAGACCAGUAAGGGACCGGCCAAGCUGCCUCAGCCGACCCCAGAGAAGAAGAAACCCACCUCGGUGAUAGAUUUCUUUGGGAGCUCACCGGUCCAGAGGUCUGCAAAGAAAUCCACAAGGAAAGAUCAGCCAAUCCCAAAUGGAGGAUCCAAGAAACCAAAGCUUGAGAAGGAGGAGCAUGAUGACGAUGACUUUGAAGCCACCCUCAGAAUGAUGGAUGAGGACAAGUCACCUCAUAAAGAAGACAAAAAAGGUAAGGGUAAAGGGCUUGCAAGCAAAUUGGCAGCUAAGGUGAAGGCGGGUAGCCUCGUUCCAGAAACACCGGACAGAGAGAAACCCAAAGAGAGGCAAAGAUCUGUGGAAACAACAAUUGAGGAUACUCCAUUAAGUGGCAGAAAGCAGAGCAGAAUAUCAGCAAAGGAAGACAAAAAAGCAAGUCCGGAGAAGAGAGUGACCCGGUCGACCCCAACCAAAGCCACACCCAGUAGGCCGCCACAUAUAAAGUCUACCACCAAAGCAAAAAUGGAAAUUUCAUCCCCUCCUAAGAAGAAGGAAGAGGUCACAACCAGCCCCCCAGCUGGUGAGGGGGAGAAGAAGAGGGGCAAUGCUGGCUACAGGAGCUAUCUGAAUCGGGAGGGGCCGAGGUCGUUGGGGUCAAGAGAGGAGCCAAAGGGUGCGGAUGGCUGUUUGUCAGGUUUAACCUUUGUGGUCACUGGAGUAAUAGAAUGCUUUGACAAAGAUCAGAUCAAGGCGAUGAUCGAGCAGCACGGCGGAAGACUCACCGGUAGCAUCAGCAAGAAGUCAAACUAUCUCGUGAUUGGCCGAGAACCGGGAGAGUCCAAGGUCGCAAAGGCUCAAGAGUUCAGAACCAAGCAGAUCCAAGAGGAAGAACUCUAUGACCUGAUAGAAUCCAGACCGGGGAAAGGAGGGUCAAAGGUCAAAGAUCAGCAGCCUGUAAAGAAGCAACAAGUAGCACAGCCUGAGAGAAAGAUAAGCAAAUCUGAGACACCCAUUUCUAAAUCAUCACCCAAGGAUAUCACACUAAAGAAGGAACCAUCAUCAUCAUCCUUCUACUCAAAGUCCUCAUCAUCAUCGUCAUCGUUGCCGUCUAGUACUAGUCAAAGUUCAAAGCAAGCAUCAGGGGAUGACAAAUCAGCAGCCGGGAACUUGAUGUGGGUAGAUAAGUACAAGCCAGUCCAUACGAAGAACAUCAUCGGACAACAGGGAGAUAAGAGCAACGCCAAAAAACUACUCAACUGGCUCAGGAGAUGGAAUGAUAAUAACUAUGGCAACAACAAAGAAAAAGCUAAAUUCAGCCGGGACGAUGGAUAUGCAUUCAAGGCAGCUCUCCUGUCUGGCCCUCCCGGUGUGGGUAAAACAACAACAGCAACUCUGGUUUGCCAGGAACUUGGCUUUUCUUACAUUGAACAAAAUGCGAGUGAUUCAAGAGGAAAGAAGUCCUUACAGGGAGGUAUCGCUGAAUCACUUGACAACCAGUCGAUCUCCGACAUGUUCAAGAAGGGUUGUGGAAAGAAGACGACGGACGAGGCCUACAAGCAUUGUCUUAUCAUGGAUGAGGUGGAUGGUGUAGCAGGGAACGAAGACAGAGGAGGUAUUCAGGAGCUUAUCCAGAUGAUCAAGACUACAAGAACGCCGAUUAUCUGCAUCUGUAACGAUCGUAGCCAUCCAAAGAUCAGAUCUCUAGUGAAUUACUGCUUCGACCUGAGAUUUUCAAGACCAAGAAUUCCUCAGAUAAAGGCUGCCAUGAUGUCGAUAGCAUUCAAGGAAGGUUUAUCUCUCCCAGCUGCCUCUCUGGAUGGAAUGAUUAUGGCUGCUAACCAGGAUGUCAGACAGGUGUUACAUAAUCUGAGUAUGUGGAGUGCAGGACAAAAGAAGAUGGAUGCAGAACAGAUGAAUAUAGAUGCCAAGAAUGCAAAGAAAGAUCUCAAGUUGGGUCCAUGGGACGUAGCCAGGCAAGUGUUCUCAUCCAAAGACCUCAAGACGAUGAGCUUCAACGAGAAGAUGGACCUGUUCUUCCACGAUUACUCCAUCGCUGGACUCUUUGUGCAGGAGAAUUAUCUCAGUGUAAUACCAAACGAAGGAAGAGGAGACAUCAAAAAGCAUUUAGAUUUGGUGAGUAAAGCAGCUGACAGCAUGUGCCAAAGUGACUUAGUGGAGAAAGCCAUAAGAUCAAGAAGCGCUUGGAGAUUACUACCAACACAGGCCGUCUUUGCCAGCGUGAUCCCAGGCACGACUAUGCAAGGCUACAUGGGCAGCAUGAUCAACUUCCCCAGCUGGCUUGGCAAGAACUCGUCAAGAGGGAAGAACUUCAGACUAUUACAAGAAUUGCAAGUUCAUAUGCGAAAAAGCGCAUCGGUUUCGAUCCAAAGCUUGAAUCAGGAGUACCUGCCCCGCCUACGCAGAUUCCUGACACAACCCCUGAUAGAGAGGGAGGCAGACGGGGUGCCGGAUACCGUCAACUUGAUGAACAGCUACAAUCUGCUCAGAGAGGACUUUGACAGCCUGUUAGAAGUGACGCAAUAUUCUGGUUUCAAUGCUCCUAUGGGCAAAGUGGCUCAGAAGGUCAAAGCUGCCUUCACCAGAAUGUACAACAAGGAGGCGCAUGCAACACCCUACAUGCAGGAGACAGGGGGUAAGAAGAAGAGAGGAAAGGGAGGAGGAGGAGGGGCAGCAGGAACAGAAGAUGGUCUCAUGAAAGUAGAAGGCGAGGACGAGGAGGGAACGCAGGAGGAAGAGGGUAGCGAUGACGACGAUGUCAGUGCUCUGAGGGCAAAGCCAAAAGGUGGAGGGGCCAAAGGUCGUGGAGCAGGGUCAAAGGGCAAAGCUCCAGCCAAAGGGAAAGCCCCCGUCAAAGGGAAAGGAAGAGGAAGAUCAAAGUGAAAAGGAUUGUUUUCAGUUUGUGAACUGAACAUAGAGACUGAAAUGCUAUCGUACAGCUGUAUAUGUACAAUGUGCCUUCAUUUUGGAGUAGCCAUAGUGUUUGGAAUGCCAAAAUAUUUUCUGAAUAUGGAAAAGGAUGUAUCAGUGACACAAAAAGCAGCCUACAGGUGAUUUUUCCCCCUUAUCCAGGUGGUAUAACUUAUUAAUGUGUCCUCCUUAUAAUGGACAGUGAAUAUCUUGUAUGGUUUUCAUAUAUGUGUCAAUGUCAGAGGCAAAGUAUACCACAAGGCCAGGGUAGGAAAUAGUUUUUAUUUUGGGGGCGAUUUGGGCAGUCAUGAGGGCGAAAUCGCCCAUCACCUUUAUGCAUUUCCUACGCUGCACAAGACCCUCUAACGUGUGUAGAUCGGAGAGAGGAGAAAAGAUGAUACUUCUUCAUUUCUUCCUCUAAACCACAAAAAUUUGGUCUCAAAAAAGGGUUCAUCACUUGCUCUUUAUCAUUAUUUUCAAAGGGUAUUUAACCAACCGACUUCAAAAGUUAUUGAAAGAAAAAUUAUGCUCAUUUUGACGAUACAAAUCGAAAAUGACUGAACAAUGUUUCCAGUGAGCGUUUCCCCCUUUAAAUUAUUGGACAAUGUACUUGUUGAAUAUGAAGCAUUAUGCCAUUGAUGGCUUUCCAUAGUUUGAAUUAAAUUAGUAGUACUAGUAACAGUCUGGUAGGAGGAGCCCUGAUUGGACUGUCUUGUUCCUGUCUCUUAGGAAACUACCAUAAACCGGGUUGACUGUGGACAGUUUUUGCAGACCUGCCAAUCAUCCUGAUUUUAUGAAGAUUGUCCUGAUUUCCGACUUUGAAAAUAGCCUAAAAUCAGAACAUCCUCAUUUCUGAAAUUUCAUGUGAGAAAAAAAAUGUGGAAAAAAAAAUCACCACAGACCCUUUCAUCAGGCCUGCCAACUACUUCUUUUUAAAAGGAGUUACUCCUUUUUUGGAAAUUUUUGAUAUAUAUUAUAUCAUGUACAGGAAAGAAAAUUCCUUUUUUAUCCAGAUAUUAUGUACAUUCAUCUAUGGGAAAUAUUCUCUGACUCCUAUUUCUCAAAUGAAUCGCUCCUAUGUUGUAAGUUUACAGGUUGGUAGGCCUGAUUCAUGCUCCCCCACUCAAUACACCUCAAGUAGCUCAGUAGUAGUCCAGGAGCUUUAAGGGGCACUGCCCUCUUGACCCCCACAUACAUGUAGGUCUCUGCGCGUGGACCCUGCCGAGGGCUUAGUCACCCCUCCCCCGGCCAUUGGUUGUCCAGAUUUUGCAUUUCUAAAUUUUGGUAGGUAUGGUUUUUAAAAUGAGUUGGUUUUUUGGGGAGGGGGUAGGGUUCUGAAAAUAUUUCUAAAUGUUACAAAAGGGGUAUGGUCUUCAUUUACAACACAGAAAUAUUUUUAGAAAAACCAACAGCAAAAGAAUGUUAUUGAUUUUAAAAACGUACAAAGUCAUCCCAGUUUACUGUAUCUUAAGAUAGAUAGACGAAGUGUACAUCCAUGAUGUGUCAAAUACUUCUUGAUAUCAUCAUUUCAGAAACCAUCCAUUUGAAUAAACACAUUCAAAACUGCAUGGAUAUGGAUAUCUUAUUGUUUGAAAUAAAUAUCAGAAAUAUAAUGUAUUCUGAAGAUUCAUUUUGCCCAAUUGAUUGUGGGUGGGCCUGGCAGCCACAGUGCAGCGCCAGAUCGAUGUUGCUCCAUUGAACGCCAAACAGGGUAGCAGCAACUCCCAUCUUUUUAACAUCUUCUUGGUCUAACGCAGCCGGGGCUUGAACCCCCGACCUCCCGGUUGUGAGACGGACGCUCUACCAACUGAGCCAACAAUAGGUUCAAUACAAAGAUGUUCUAUGCCAAGAGCCAUGAUUUAAUGUCAAUUGUUUACAUAUUUAUCAAAUGAGAAAUCAAUGGAACAGCUGAACAGAUGGAAAAGCAAUUACUCUCGAAUUACAAAAUUGUUGGGCGAUAGGUUGUAGACCGCUGGGAGAACAUUUUUCGGAAACUGUAGUGGCUUAGCUGGGUAAAUAUGCUAUUAUUAUUAUUACUAAGAGCAUGUAUUUUGAAAGUGCCCCAACAACAGUAUUGAAGUGCGUCUGUUUAAAAAAAACAGUGCAUUGGAUCUUAAGUUGUCAAAUUUGUAUCAUGAAUCUUGAUGAGCAUUGCUAUGUCAGUUGGAAGGAAUUGUACAUAAUACAGACAUUAAUUAUGAAUUUGUAAGCAAAGCUGUCACAAUUGUGUAGGUAAUCAUAUAUUCUGAUAGUGAUUUGUUGAAUAAACAAACAUGCUACUUCUAA